CUUCACUCUCUCUGCACGUACCUCACAGUAUCUCAGAUUGCAGAGGACCCUUUUGGUCUCUCAUUUCUUUGCCUCUAACUGAGUGCAAAAACCCAAAGAAGGAACAGAGAAGGGUGAAAAUGGAGAUGUUCUACUAUUUGGUGUUUGGGGGUUUGGGAGCGGUGGUGGCAGCGCUGGAGCUGAGCAAAACAAGCAAGGACCGAACCAACACCUCAUCUGCUUUCAAUUCCUUCAAGAACAAUUACCUUCUCGUUUACUCUCUCAUGAUGGCCGGGGAUUGGUUGCAGGGUCCUUAUGUCUACUAUCUUUAUAGUCAGUAUGGUUUUGGGAAAGGGGACAUUGGACAGCUUUUCAUUGCUGGGUUUGGGUCCUCCAUGUUGUUUGGGACAAUUGUUGGAUCUCUGGCUGACAAACAGGGUCGAAAGAGGGCAUGUGUGACAUACUGCAUAGCAUACAUACUGAGCUGCAUUACAAAGCAUUCUCCUCAAUACAAGAUUUUGAUGUUGGGCCGUGUUUUGGGAGGUAUCGCCACUUCUCUCCUAUUUUCAGCUUUUGAGUCAUGGCUUGUAGCAGAACACAACAAGAGGGGCUUUGAGCAACAAUGGUUGUCGAUCACAUUCUCAAAGGCAGUAUUUCUUGGCAAUGGCCUUGUUGCCAUUGUUGCUGGGUUGUUUGGUAAUUUACUUGUUGACACCUUGUCUCUUGGCCCUGUGGCACCCUUCGACGCUGCUUCCUGCUUUCUUGCCAUUGGUAUGGCCAUCAUUUUAUCAUCAUGGACAGAGAACUAUGGAGAUACUUCUGAGAGCAAGGACUUGCUUACCCAAUUCAAGGGUGCUGCUGUUGCCAUUGCUUCUGAUGAGAAAAUUGCAUUGCUUGGUGCAAUACAGUCGCUGUUUGAAGGUUCAAUGUACACCUUUGUGUUUCUCUGGACUCCAGCUUUGAGCCCAAAUGAUGAGGAGAUCCCUCAUGGUUUCAUCUUUGCGACAUUUAUGUUGGCUUCAAUGUUGGGAAGCUCCCUUGCAUCUCGGUUGAUGGCCCGCUCAUCAGCUAGAGUAGAGAGCUACAUGCAGAUUGUUUUUGCAGUUUCCGCUGCUUCUCUUCUGCUUCCCAUUGUGUCCAAUUUCUUGGUAACACCUUCAAAGGUGAAAAGUCGAAGCAUCUCAUUUACAGGUUGUAUUCAACUUCUUGGGUUCUGUGUUUUUGAGGCUUGUGUGGGGUUAUUCUGGCCGUCCAUUAUGAAAAUGAGGUCCCAGUACAUUCCUGAGGAGUCCAGGAGUACCAUCAUGAACUUCUUCCGCAUUCCUCUCAAUAUUUUUGUGUGCAUUGUGUUGUACAAUGUUGAUGCGUUCCCAAUCACUAUUAUGUUUGGUAUGUGCUCAAUUUUCCUCUUCGUGGCAUGUUUCUUGCAGAGGCGGCUCAUGGUGAUUUCAGACAAGCCAAAGACAGUAGAUUGGGCAUCAUCGAAGGAGAAGGAUACUGAGGCAGAGCCAUUAAACAUCUAAUUGAUGUAGAGCUGACAGACUACUAGGAAUUUUUGGGAGGUCAAAACCGGCCACCGGGUUCAUUCCAUAUACUAUUUGAUUCAGGCUGUAUUCAUUUUAAUAGAAGGUUAUAUUGUAUAAGAUAGAUGGUGGUCUGCCCAACAAUGGAAGAUUGAGGGCGAGGGGAAGGGCUAGUUAAUCUUUUCUGUAAUUGCUUUUUGGCUGCCAUUAAAACAACAAUGUAGUGCAUUAGAUAUAUCUUCAACUAUUCUUCUGGGAGAAAAGAUCAGCUUUCUUAAUACAGAUUGAAGCUGCAUUCAUGAA